UGUGUUUUGCAGGGUAGGAAGUGUGACACUUCCACCGUUGGUCAGUACGGUGGAUAGCCAAAGGAAAAGUCUUACGGCGAAAUUUCUCGAGAACAAACAACAACAACAGCAACAGGAACAACAAAGUGUCAUUAAAGCUGCAGAUAGCAGUGAAAUUGAAACCGAUGAGGAGACUCAUAAUGAGAGCAAUGAUGUGAAGCAAGCAGAUGUUCAUGAGGAUGAUGAUGACGAUCGCGUAAACCCUUUCGAUAUUUGGAAAUCGCGAGUUGAUGGAGGAGAGACGCCAGCAGUGCCAACAAACAAAAGUAAUGAUCAUCAUGGCAGUCUGGUGCAAACAACGAUCGAGAAAUUUUCGAGACAGGUU